GUGCUUAGAAAAAGCCUUCAGACGGGGGUUGCACUCUCAGCAGGGUCCUUUUUGGCUUAUGAAGCUCGCAAGUUGAUUUCUGGCUUUGCUGAGGUGCAUGCAAGCUUCAAAGUGGAAGAAGUUAUAGAGCAAGCAGACUACCUGUAUGGGAGUGGAGAAACUGAAAAGCUCUAUCAGUUGCUGGUUCAGCAUAAAAAUAGUGAUGACGCAGAGUUGUUGUGGCGGCUGGCGCGGGCAUCACGAGAUCUAGCUCAGCUUAGUAGUACUUCUGCAGAGGAGAAAAGACAACUGGCAUAUGCAGCCCUCGAGUAUGCAAAAAAGGCACUUGAAAAAAAUGAAUCAAAUUUUGCAGCGCACAAGUGGUAUGGAAUUUGCCUCAGUGAUGUUGGAGAUUUUGAAGGAAUCAAGACUAAGAUUGGAAAUGCCAUUGUUAUAAAAGAGCACUUCCAGAGAGCCAUUGAACUGAAUCCAAAAGAUGCUACAACAAUCCAUCUUAUAGGAAUUUGGUGUUACUCCUUUGCUGAGAUGCCAUGGUACCAAAGAAAAAUAGCUGCAGCACUAUUUGCCACACCACCAACCUCCACAUUUCAAGAGGUACAAUAUGAAAAUGUUUCACAGAUUAUUAUGCCCCCCACAAACCUGUUGAUAUACUUUUACUAA